ACCCUUAUAUUACAAGCCCUGAAGCCCAUCUCAGAGAGAGAGAGAGGAGAGAAUGCGUAUGUGUAUAUGUGCUUCUGCUGUGUGAAAAAAGAAAAGGGAAACACAGCCAAAAUCCAAGAGAAAUAAAAGGGAAGAAAGAAGACGAAAACAAAAAAGAAAAACCCUAGUUUUGAAAAAAAAGGGAGAAAAAGAUGGCAAAUUUGCAGAGUGGUUGAAAGAAGAGAUGAGAAACCAUGGCGAAUAACGGGGUUACAGAGACGGAAACAUGGGGUACUUGGGAGGAGCUAUUGCUAGCAUGCGCCGUUAACCGGCACGGGACCAAUAGAUGGGACUCCGUCGCCAUAGAAAUACAAAACCGAAGCUCUACCCUUCAUCUACUAACCGCUCAGAACUGUAAACAGAAAUAUCACGACCUUAAACGUCGAUUCACGUCGAAAGACGACAAAACCAACGAAAAAGAAGACGAAUCUGAAACGAACGAUAAGAAAGAUGUCAUGCCGUGGCUCGAAGAGUUGAGAAAACUUAGAGUCGCUGAGCUUAGACGUGAGGUUGAACGAUACGAUGUUUCGAUCGUGUCUCUGCAAUUGAAAGUGAAAAGAUUGAAAGAAGAGCGCGAAUGGAGCUUGAGAGAGAAAGAGAAUAGUGUAGAGAAACCAGAUCUGGAAAAGGACUCGGAGAAAUUCAGAGCUAAAGAGGAACAAAAGGAGAGAGAUGAUGAGCCGGAAAAAUCCUCGCCGGAAAACGUCGACGGCGAACCUGUUACCGGCGAAGAAUCCGACCGUGAAAACCAGUCGUUCAACGAAUCCAAUUCGACGGAUCCGAAGGGUGGCACUCGCGAUAACGGCGUUGAAGAGUCGGAGAAGAAACGGGAACCGGUGGAAACCAUUACCGGAAGACCGGAUCCAGUUUCUGGUGACUUAAAGCCUACCGGUGAGGGGUCUUGCAACGGUAGUUCGGAUACAGUGCCGAAAGAAUCUGCUGCCCCGCCAGUGGGGAAGUCGUUGGGAUCAGUUAAGGCCAGGGAAGCGGGUGACUCGCCCGAGUUAUGGGAAUCGAUGGCCGAGUCAAAAGGUGGCGGGGAUGAGGAGACGAAAGAGAACAGUGACGUGCAGAGUUCGGCGAGUUUGUCGAAGAAGAAUCGCCGGAAGGCGAUUUCAGGCAGUAGUAGUGGGGACGAGCCGGAGACCGAAGAGGUUUCUCCCGCCAUCAAACGGAUUUCUGUUAAAUCUGAACCGUUGAUGUCUUUCCUCGAGAUUAUCCGGUCGCACAAAUAUGGCUCCGUAUUCGAGCGCCGGCUCGACAGCCAGGAUACGACUAAGUAUACGAGUUUAGUGCGGCAACACGUAGACCUCGAACUAGUGCAAUCGCGGCUGGACGAAGGGCGGUAUAACAGUUGCAGCAGCAAGUUCUUCCGCGAUUUGUUGCUUCUCUUCAAUAAUGCCAUCGUCUUCUUCGCCAAGUAUUCCCCAGAAUCUGUCGCUGCCAUUGCAUUAAGAGAGCUUGUCACUAAAGAGAUGGCGAACAGAAAUACUAAAAAACCAGAUACAUCAGCUGAUGAACCACCCCAGCUACCACCCGUUCCUCUUCCAACUAAAUUGAGUUCAGAACCGACGGAUUCGUUGUUUGCAAAACCUAAAUCAAUUGGUCCCAUCAUUGCUUGCCGAAAACGCAGCUCCAUAUCAGCUAAGGCGUCCACGGCAGCUAUCGAUAGGAAAGGUGAUCUAAAGCCGUCAACAAUAGGAGCAACGGCAACGGCAGUGAUUGAUGAGAAGCCCCUUAUCGAUGCGAAGCAAGCCGAUAAUGUGGCCGACGAAAAAAAGCGGAUGAGAGAUAGAUUGACAACGUCCGGUACUAGAAGCUUAAGAGCAGGCAAUAAGAGCCGGGCAACCACUACUACCAGCAAAAUUUUAAAUGCGAAUUCUAGCCAAAGCCCAGAACGUAGCUCGAGCCCUCCGUCGGGCAAAGGUGGUGUUGCUCCUGAAGACAGUCCAGAACCCAAGGUGGAGAAAAAAAACAAUAACACAACCGCUGUUGCCAAGAAGCGUAGUGCGGCGAAUUUUUUGAACAGGAUGAAACGGAACUCUUCGUCUAACGGAACACUGUUAGAGACGUUGAAGAGUUCUGUAAAUGGUUCGAACAAUAACAAAGGAGUUGCAGGAGGAGUUGAACAAAAGAAAAAUAGCGGAAAGAGUGAUGGACGGAAAGAUCAGUCUCCCCAACAAAGGUCUGGCGGCAAACAUGCUAGAGAACAGAGGAAUCCGGCGAAAAGAAGUGUCGGGCGUCCGCCUAAAAAAGCAAUGAGACAGACAUCUCUACCCCCUCCCGUACCAUCAAAGCGGGUGAGAGAAACGGUAGAAACGGAGGCGAUGACAUCUAGGCAGGCGACGAAACGAAAGAGGAGGUGAUGGCAGGUUCUGUAAAUUAUGUAGCGCUAAGGUUAAUUAAUUUUGUAACGAUGUUAUCUUUUUCGUUAACUUUUACCUCUUUUCUUCUGUUCUUUUUCAUCCAUUUGAUAUUACUGGUUUUCUUCAUUGUUUUGCCUGUGAUCAUUUGUGAUUACAGUUUAUAUGUUUUUAUUUUUGGUAAUAAUUUGUGAUUAAGUUCAGGUGGUUCAAAAAGUAAUAA